AUUCCACUCACAGCAGAAGAGAGACUUCCGAAACUUGCCAUAAAGCUUCUGAGUUCUCAUCUUCCCUCUCUAGAACUACCUUUGCUAUUAGACAUGGCAAUUCCGGUCAUCGACUUCUCGAAGUUGGAUGGCAAGGAAAGGGCUGAAACUUUGGCUAAGAUCGCCAAUGGAUGCGAAGAGUGGGGAUUCUUUCAGCUGGCGAACCAUGGGAUUCCGGUGGAGUUUCUGGAGCGCGUGAAGAAGGUCAGCUCUGAAUGCUACAAACUGAGAGCUGAAGCCUUCAAGAAAUCCAACCCUGUCCAGUUGUUGAACAAAUUGGAGGAUAAAGAAGGCGAGAACAGUAACGUUCAGCGGUUGGACGACGUGGAUUGGGAGGAUGUGUUUGUUCUCCAAGACGACAAUGAAUGGCCAUCCAACCCCCCAGAGUUCAAGGAAACCAUGAAGGAAUACAGGAGAGAGCUCAAGAAGCUGGCGGAGAAACUAAUGGAAAUAAUGGAUGAAAACUUGGGUUUACAGAAGGGCUGCAUAAAGAAUGCUUUCUCCGGCAACGGCGAACACGAGCCCUUCUACGGGACCAAGGUGAGCCACUACCCGCCAUGCCCUCGCCUAGACCUCGUUCGAGGCCUUCGUGCCCACACCGACGCCGGCGGCGUCAUCCUGCUCUUCCAAGACGAUCAUGUAGGUGGACUCCAGAUGCUUAAAGAUGGCCAGUGGAUCGACGUCCAGCCUGUAGCCAAUGCCAUCGUGAUCAACACCGGAGAUCAGAUAGAGGUGCUCAGCAAUGGGCGAUACAAAAGCGUGUGGCACCGUGUGCUCGCCACCAGCAAUGGCAACCGCCGCUCCAUUGCGUCCUUCUACAACCCCUCCCCCAAGGCCACGAUAGCUCCGGCAAGCCCCGGAGAAGAGGCUCAACCUUUGUACCCCAAGUUUGUCUUCGGGGACUACAUGGAUGUGUAUGUCAAGCAGAAGUUUCAGCCUAAGGAGCCAAGAUUUGAAGCGGUCGCAGCCAUGGGAAGGAAAAGCAGAAGCUAGAAAUGAACAUGAGAAACAAGGUUUCAUGGAGUUAGUUUUUGAGUGGUCCUCUGUUGGUUAAUUUGCAAGAGUUGAUUGUUUGUAAGACGGACAGAUCAUAAAUUUGGUGGUGGUGUUGAGUCAGUGUUCACGUUGUAGUUUGUACUCUGGAGAUCGACGGCUAAUUAAGUGGUCACUGUUGUAUCUUAUUUUACCAUGUAAUUCUUUCUGGAUAAAUAAUUCUUUUACCACCAAAGUU